GGUGUACUCUCGGGUAUACUGAUCGAAUUCGUGCUCGUCAGAUGUUUGAAAGCAUGUCUUCAAAGAUGCUGGUGCCAAUGAUUGCAUUUGCAAUGCUAAGAGAUGCCGUUUGCUGCCAAAAAUGUCAAUAUAGUGGUGAAUGGAAAUGCCCGUCAUCCGAAAGUUUAUUACAAGCAUAUAGAGGCUGCAUAAACAGUUGUGGUAAGUACUGUGAAUGUAUACAUCAGACUGAUGGAAGUAAGGUAUCAGCUUCAAAACACUUUUAGGUCACAUCCAAGCAAGUGAUUUUGAAUGCCACCGUAAAAUGUAUUUCCGUCGAAUGAAUUUUGCGUUUGAAUAUUUUGAAAUUGGAAUAAUCAAAGCAUCUUUGAUGAGAACACUCUGCAUGCAAGGUGGGAAGGGGGGAGGGGGGCGGUAUGGGUCGACGAUUCACUUGUCUUAAAAAAGCAAUUUCACAGAAAAAUAGAUUCUAAUAAAAUAAUAUACUGAUAAUAAUAGGUUUAUUAAUGGUACAACCUGUCAGUUACAAACUGUCUACAUCAUAACUUAAAAGUUUGAGAGUGAUGAGUACCUCCGAAAGGUCCCGACGUUUUUACUCUUGUGCAAUCGAGUGAGAUCAUAUAAAUUGAUUAUCGCGUAUCAUGUCUAUUAUGACUGUUAUAAAAUAGAUCGAAAUAAACAAAGCAAAAUCACAGCUCACGAAACAGACAUUCUUAAUUCUCAUUUCAUGGAGCAUUUUUAUCCAGAAUCACGCCUCACGGCUGUAGAACAAAUCACAUUUCACGACACUAAAAUCAAGCAUUUCACAUUUCACGCGAACAAAUAUUGACCAUUCACGGCUCACGAAAAUACCCUUUCCCACCUUCGAUCUCUAUGUAGACCACACAAAAUUUUAAAUAAUGAAAAUUAAGUCAAUUUCACGCGGUACUAAACUGAUAUAUUUUUAAUAGAUGGGGAUUCCCCAUACACAGCGGGUGGUUCUACUGUAAGUCACAUAAUUAUGGCAAUCAUCAACCUUGACCUUCCUUGACCACACCUCCCAGUUUUCGGCAAUCAUUGCCAAUUAAAAUCAAUUAAUGAUUUGAAAUUUCGGCAACGAUUGCGCGAAGCUUUGCGUUGCCGUCACAGAGCAUGACACACAAGUAAUUUCCCUCUCACGACGGUAAUGCAACGAUUUUAACACCAGUACACUUUCAUCGCAAGAAAAAUAUUGUCCGGUAUCCGUAGCUGUAUUAUGGCUCUUGCAACAAUAGAUCGCUGACCAAUCCGUCCAAUCGCAUGCAAGUACAAAAAUCACUUUGAAAAUUUUCUUUGUCGAUGUAUACUGUAGAAAAUAUAUUUCUAUGUCAAGUACGACCACCCAUGCACAAACCAUCCUCGUAUCCAGGGUCUUUUUGGGAAAGACCCUGGUAUUGUCUGCAGGUCAUAUGACUCUGCAAAAACUAAUUGCCCAAGGGGGAGUGGCAAAAUAUCAAAUUACAUGCACAGAAAACGUUAAAUUUCAAAUACCAUGAGUGGGAUUUUACGAUACAUAGUACGAAGCGCCCGCUAACUUCUAUUUAAUUUAUACUUCUGUUUGCUUAUUACAAAAACACGGUAGCAUUUUAUCAACAGUCAAAUCAAGAAACAAAUGAAAUUGUAUACUUUAGUCGUUAAAGUUUGAAGUUGGGUAUUCUCUCUCAAACGUAUUUUCAUAUCCAACCGGUCAGUCGUCGACGUUUCUAUAUUUUCACUUUUAUCUGUUUCUAAAAUAUGUCAUUAAUUAGAUUUGUUGUUUGCAAUAGUACGCGUCUGGUUUAUUGAAGGUUAAUAAAAUUUUGAAACGUAACUUUUUGCCACAAAUCACAAUGUAAACAUGUGGACACUGUCAAACAGAGACUGGAUGAUCACUCUAAACUGUCGAUGAUUUAUCUUUGAAAAUACUUUUAAUAUAGUUCAUCAUAUAUUUAAAACUUGUAGAUAGGCAGGAGAUUGUCAGGUGCACACGUAAAAAUCUCACAUCUAACAUCUUGUAACAAGUCUGCCAACAAGCCGUCAACAAGAUAUAUUCGCACUGCUUGUUACAAGUUGUCAACAGGUUUGGAACAACUUGUUGACAACCUGUAACAACCUUGUCGAAACUAACAGACUUGUUGCAAGGUUGUUCUGACAAGUCCGUUACAUGCUUGAUGUAGCAAGAUUGUUACAACCUUGUGUUGACAACCUGGUAACAUCCUUGUUAUAUCACGGCUGUAACAAACUUGUUGGCACAGUCUUGUAACAAGGCUGAUAAUGCCAUCAAGCUUGUUUUAAGUUGUUAACAGCUUGUUCCAAACUUGUUACAACAAACUUGGAACAAGCAGUGCGAACACAACAUGUUGACAGCUUGUGAACAGACUUGUAACAACUUGUUUGCAGACUUGUUACAAGCUGUGCGUUUUUACGCGUGUAGUGAAGUAUAAAAAUUUUCGGAUGAAUGUACAGAAAUUAUCAGCCUCAGGGAAAAGAGUAUAUCAGGCGUUAUCAUACAAUCACGGCUGUAGCCUUUUUCGGUCUCUAUAAAUUAGGCAAUCGGGUGAGAGCAAUAUUAGUAUAAAAAUAUUAGUUUCUUAUAUACAGUACACAUUUUAAAACACGAACAUAUAGUCAUAGUCAAAGAUGAUUCCAUAAACCGCGGCAUAUAAAACACUGAUAUGCACAUGCAGUCAUACCCACCACAGAUAUAAAUUCAUAUUACACUUACUUGACAUCAUUUAGUACGUUUUCGUCGAGAACAAACCGUUUCUCUCUCUUUCUCUCUGGAAUAACACAAUUCAGUUAGACAAAAUAAUUAUCACUUAUUUACUGAGACCGAGGGAAAGAAUGUGUUUUGUGGACCCGAGACCGCCGUUGUUGCCGGAGGCGAAGCGGAGGGCAACAACGGCGGUCGAGGGCCGGGCCACAAAACACAGUGCUUUCCCAAGGUCUCAGUAAGUAAGUGUUUUGUUAUAUAGUAUAUAAGUGUCAAAGUAUGAAUAAUUCACCGGUUAUUGGAGUGAACUUAAUUUGAAACCAAAACUGGAUAAAUGGAACGCCAUAAAUGUUUAGUAAAAAGUAUAAAAAAUGAACUUUGGAACUUCGUGAUUGACACGCAUGCGUAUUGCACCCAUGUUAUUAUUGACCGGUCAAGAAAUGUUUCAUUGCGGACAGGUUGCCGAACAUGACGUUUUCUGGACCGGCACGUGACACGGUUUUGACCAAUCGGAAAACAGAAAAAUUGAACUUUGACACUAACUAUAUAACAAGAGCGAGACUAUAGACCAUACACUAGAGAGACUGAAGGUGGGCGCACUUUCACCGUUAGAACUAUUAAAGAUUGGAACGCCCUCGAUGUUACAUUGCGCAAACAGAAAUCUAUAUCUAUGUUUAAACUCAGUUUGUAUACUAAAAUUUUAACGGACCAGAAGUCCGCCAUGCGUUUAGAAAUUGCUUAGGUGGGUGGUGGAUUAUUUUAUUUGUAAAUAUAGUAGUUUUAGAGUUUUUAUAAGUUUUAGUAUUGUAUUAGCUUAAUUGUAGUUAUAUAAGGAGGGCCACGAAUUUAUCAGUAGUUCACACUUACUGUCAAGUGUUUACCCUAUGAAAUAAAGUCUGAAAACUGAAAAAACAACACAAUUUGGAAUCGAAAUCGAAUGACAUAAUUUGAAAUGGAAUAACAAAAUUUGAAGUAGAAUACAUAAUGAAUCCUAACCUGAAAACAGGCUCUAUUUUACAAAUAGCCUGACACAAACAUUAAUACGAUAGCUUUCCACCCACAGCAAGUUUAUAUUCAGUAUCCAAUCAAAAUGUUGCACGAGAAAUUUAAAUUUCACACAACGACAACAACAAUCUAAUUAUAGUUGUGAUCACUUUAAAAUAUAUCAUCAACGAUAGUAUAAUCCGGUAAGCACAAAUCAAUCAAAUGACAGAUUAAAAAAUAUUUUGUCUCAUAGACCAAUCAGAUUUACAACCAAAACACACGGUAUCAGGCCUAUUUAUUUAUUUAUAGGCCUGAUCCCAGGUUAAAUGAAAUCCGCCAAUGCUCACAGGUUAGUUAUUGUAAUUGGUGUUUCUUCUAUAAAACGUUCGUGACUUGAUUUAAUUUCGCAUGAUGGUAGGAAAUAACCAAGAAAACAACAAUUCCGAUAGAGAUCUAGAUAAUUUAAAGAAAAUUACACACUAUUGCUCCAAGAGGCAAAUUUCGCGGUCCCCCCAAAAUUAUUCGAUUAAAAAAAUAAUAAAAUAUAGGUACGCAGUGCGUACAUGUUGCAUGCCAUCAGCGCUAGCGCUUAUAACUUUUGGUACAACUGGCCUGAAACUUAAAAUAUUGAUUCAAUAAGUUUAAUAUCAAUAUACUUGUUGAAAAAUAGCUAUUAAUCGGCUAUUAAUUAUAGCUAUUAAUUAUAUUAGUCAAAAUAAAUCUCAUUAUCACGAGAAUAGGCAAUGUUUUUGUAAGCGACUGUUCAUCGUUAGUUGCAAGCGACAACAACAAGGUCAAGGUUUUAUCGAAAGCGAGUGACUGUUUAGUUUAUAACUAAAUAAUGUUAUUUCCUACAAAUUUAGCUUUAUUGUAGCUUUUUAAGUUAUAAACUAUAAUAAAUUGAAAGUAAUUAUUAAACUAUGAUUGAAAUUAUGGAAGUAGAAUGCUAUUUCCUUAGUUUCCUUGUAUUAAAGGUGAUCUACAGUCCGUAUGUAAACAAAGCCUUUGUUUACAUUUUUGUGUCCAAAAUAUUGAGCUUUAUUCGAUAACUAUUUAUAUUUUCAAGCUUCUAGAGUAUAAUGAAUGAUCAAGAAACAACAAUCAGGCUUUUCAAAAACUCAAAACAUAGUUAAACUGUUUGUAUCAUAAUAAGUGGGCUCAUACGUGCACAUGCGCAGAUCGGACUGUAGAUCACCUUUAAAUUUCAAUAGUAUUAAUGAGAAUUUUGUUUGAUAUUUUUAAUAUAUUUCAUGUUUAUAUUUACAAAAUGUAGGCCUACUGUAGUUUUGAAUGCUCGUCGGAAAACUUGGGUUUUUUCGCAUUUUACGAAUCUGCCACGUGAGUUACAACCAUCGGUACUCAAAUUUAGAGCUAUAUGAGAGUUGCAUGCCAUAUAUGGUACGCAACAAAAAUUCCUGCGAAAUUUUCGAAACAGAAAGUAUUUGAAGCCGUGUAUAUGUAUAUUGAUUGAUUGAUUGAUUGAUUUUUUAUUAUUUAGCGCAUUGUAAAUUCAUAAAAAUUUUAAAAACGUGGUAUUAUAGAGAUAAUAUUAAAAUUUUUAAAAAUUGCAAUAAGUUCAGUUUAAUUAAAACUAUACUAUAAAUUAAAAUAUAUUGAUAAGUACAAUAAAAUAUUAUGUUAUGCCUAUAUGGUCGGAACUAAAUGCGCACACUACAAGGGAAGGUACAAAUACAAUUUGGACACGCUAGGUAUCGAUAGUUGUCGUGACUUAAUUUCAGCUGGUGAAUGUAUGCAGCUCUGGCGGUUUUUCAUAUUUCCAACAGUAUUCAGUUGUGAUCGACUUCAUGUUAUAUGCACCAACUAAACAUAUAUUUAUAUCUAAUAUUCUCAGCAUGAGCUCCACCUUUUAAUUUACUAUAUAUACGAGUAAAUUCUUAAACACGUCCGAAUUUAUCAUUAUGAUAAAUUCGCGGCAUAUUUUGAAUAUAUCAUAAUGAUAAAUUCGCGGCAUCUAACUCCUAACCCCCAACCACUAACCCCUAACCUCUAACCAUAACCCUAACUUUUUAAACUUUUUUGACUUUUUUGAAAAUCAAACUUUUUAAACAUUUUUUUCUUUUUUAAAACUUGUUAAAACUUUUUUUAAACUUUUUUAAUUAAACUUUUUUUCUCCCCACCCCUGCGCUGCCUUUUAGUGACAUUACAUUUAUAAUGUAACGAAGCACUCUGAACACUUUACAUAAAGUUCUUUAAUACUGAUCACAAACAAGCAACUUCUCCACAAAAUAUUUCUUCUCACAAUUAUUUCAGCUAUAAAACUUACACACUUUUGUCUCUCUCGCCAUGCGGUCAUACUUCUAAAAUCACAUACGCCAAAAGGUACUUAAUAAGGUGGUCCACUACCAAAAAUUUUUUUUCUCUAUCUUUUAUUACUAUGAAACUCUACUGUUAAUAUGUUGUUAGGUUCAACACCCUGACAAAAAAAAUGUGUUGCUGCCAAACAUUGUUGCCAUGGUUACCGGGAUAAAGCACCCCCCAUUGUGAGAAUUGAUACACUCUUGUAUGCAGGAUUGCUAGAUAAGCAUUAAAGAUAAAAUCCUGAAAUAACUUUUAUUUACUACCUAACAAGAUUGUCUAGGAGUUAAACCUAAAAUAUCAACAUUGUGUCAAUAAGAACGUUUUUGCCAAGCAAUUAUUCGACAUGUAUACAGCUGUCCAAAAAGCAACUGUUACCAUUUCCAAAACUAUUCAACUUACUCUAAAUCUUUUUGGUUUAGCUCCUAGAGCAAUACAUGUUGAGUUUAUCCUGAAAAUUUUAUCAAGAUAGCUUAAAUCGUUCUUGAGAUAUCCUGCACGCAAUCAUGGAAAUCGGCAAUUUUCGCCAAUUUGAGGAAAACGUAUUUAAAGUUAAGCUUUCAUUUUAUCAACAAGAAAACCGCCUCAAAAUGGCAUUAUAAUACUAAAAGUCAAUAGCUACCAUUUCAGAAUGCUCCUGCCUUGUAUGUAGUGCCCUCUUUCUCUUUUGUAUUGUCCUCUUUCUUCUUUUUUUGACCACGCAGGAUCUUUCUCCUCUUCUUCACCGCCGGAGUGUUUCUGUGGUCAGCUUUCUUUACCCGUCUCUUGUCAGAUUUCCCAACCCCAUAUUCAAAAAAUUGUCCUGGCACCAAACCAAGUUCAUUAAAGACUUUUGUUGCAGCCUUGGAACCAAUAUUGAAGUGGGCAACUGCAUCAUAUGCACCAAACUCCAGCACAUCAGCACCAACAAAGAUACUCUUUGGCAGCCUGUUCCAGAUCAUGCCAUUUAAGGACUCAUUCUGGUUUUGAGUUUUUCCGUCCAGACACUUCUUCAGCAGGUCAUCAGAACUAAGCCUAGCAUAAAUUGGUUUAACCAAUUUAAUUAUUUCAUCAGGAAGACCAGGUCCUGGUUUAUACUUGUUAGUAUUGUUUGCCUUGUCUUGCUUAUACCGACACCAACUAUCAGGACCAUCCGGACAGUGUUUGUGGAGUUUUCGCCUUUCAGAGGAAGCGCAAUGAAACAAGCUGGCACGAAUUGAACUCCUCAUGCCAUCUAAAUCUCCAGAAUUACUUCUGAUAGCAAUCCCAUAGUAGUUCUGAAGCUUAUCGAUAAGGGAAUCAGUUAGCUUCCCUUUACCACCAAUUCCUUUUGUUUCUUUCUUCAGUUUCCGUAGAGCCGUCCCAACUCGCUUCUGGACAUGACCGACACAUUCCUUCUUUUCCACAUGUAUAUUUUCAUAAGCAUUUUCCACUUCAUUGUAUGCUUUGCUGUCACCAUCUCCAAAGUACUCGGUAUAUUGCAGCUUACGUGUCUCCUCGCUCCUUCCAAAUAUCCUCUUGAUCCCUUCUGUUUCCAUAGAUGGCGCCGAUCCUUGAUAAUUUGCCUUGCACUGAUGUCUGUCCUGCAUAUCAGCUUUCUUUAAAGCAUCAGUUUGUUUGUCAAUCCUUUGACACCCACGGCAAACUUUUGUCAUUAUUUCAACGUCUAAACAUUUACCGGUGUCUAUCGACAAGGUUGUAACACAACCGUUUAAUGAAGAAUACCCGCGUCGCUGCCAGGUUCCAUCACACGAAACACCACACUUAGUUAUCGAGUUACAAUUCUCUUCAUGCAAUUCAUUCGCAGCAUCUUCCAUGGUUUUCAUAGCCACAGACUUUGCAGCUUUCGACAAGGCAGCAUUACUAGCAUUGUAUGCUUUAUAAUGUAAUGGUGGUGGCAUGUUCAUGUAGGAGCAAAAGCGUUUCAUCGAUGCAUGUCCUUGUCCAAUACUUCUCAUGGCAUAAACAAAUCUUCGGUUAAUGUCAAAAGAAUGUUGAACCUUCUUCGAAGUAUAAAAGGUAUAAACCCAUCCACAAUCUUUACACCGUACUCUAAGAUGAGAAGCACUGCCCUUUCGCUCACGUGGUUCAUCCUCUAAGACAAAGCAUGAAUUUCCACACUCUUUACAAAUCAUUUGAGUAAAAAGUUCACCAAGCAAUUCCAUGUCAAUGAAACGGUACCCGGUUACAUUUGGCUUGCUUUGGGUCCCACGUUGUGGAUUUUGGGUGCCUAUUUUUCGAGCAGAAGCAGAAACGGUAUGACCUGUUCCGGUCGAUGUCGAUUGCUCAGACAGCUCAGUGGUAUCAUUGUUUACACUCUCGACUACACGAGGUUUCUUAGCAGAAUGUAAGAAUUGAUUGCCACGAAAUUUCCGUUUUCUUGGUCUUGAACCUUGUCUUGGCAUUGUAAAUAUACAAUUUAAUAAGAAUCGAAAAACAGCUAUACCCAAACCCAAAAUAUCCAACAGCGAAAAACACAAAAUUUACUUGAAGUUUGAUCACCAAAAUGAGCUUCAAAGCGAAAGCCCACAAAAUCCAAAACAAAUUUUCAGCGGCUUUUUCAAAUAGGCAGUAUACUCUACUUCAUGUAACAUAUGCAAAAUAGUUACAAAAUGGCGUCUGUGUGGGUUUUUACUCGGUUUUUACCACCAAAACAGCCGUUGCUAAGGGCGUUGUUAGGGCAAAAAUAUGCCAAAGGCUUAGGAAUUUUCUCAUUUUCUUGGAUUUCAAGCUUUUUUUACGGAAUAAAAACCCACACAUAUGAUUAACAACAGUUUAUAGUAUAUAAAUAUGUGUAUUUUAAAAAUUCACUAAUUUCAAAAUAAAAGUCAAAUUUUUAGUAGUGGACCACCUAAUUAUUACAUACUCCAAAAGACACUUCUUCACAAUAACUAAAAGUGCUGUCUAAUGCUUGUGGUUUUAUGAUUAACUCUAUUGAUAAAUUCAAAAUGUGCCGCGAAUUUAUCACAAUGAUAAAUUCGGACGUGUUUAAGAAUUUACUCAUAUAGUCAAAUUCAAAGGUGGAGCUCAUGUUGAGUCUCUUGAGGUCAUGCAGUAUCUUAUUUCCAGACAUGCAUGUAAACAUGGAUACUGUAAAUGAUGCUUGCUAUUUUUUUUUUCAUUUUCCACCACAGCGAAGGCAAUUGAAAAAUAUUUCUACUACACUACAACUGUUUGUAUGUCGGCUCAAGAAGCAUUCCUAGAGUCAAUCAGUUAUUGGUAUUGGCUGGUAACCACAGCUUGUGUAUCUGCACUGGUUUCUGGAGUAACGAUGGCUUGGUAUUUCAAACCAGCAGCAAAGCCACCUGCUCAGUCACACGACGAAAACCUUGUUGAAAUCAGAAAGCCGAUUCAGGAAGAAUCUCAAGACAGAGAGACUGUUAUCGAAACUGAUAGAGUAAAAAUUAAAUAAUGCAUACUGACAAAAAAUGCUACUCUUUGGUUAUAUGAUAAAGACUUCACGACAUGGCAACUCUCAGAUAUAUAUAAUCAUAAUCAUAGAUUAAAUUAUUAAACUCUGC